AUGGCCUACUCCUUCUCUGCCUUGGGGCUGCUGCUCCUGGACCUCAGGGUCGCCGCCCUGGCUGAGCUGGUUUGCUUUUUGGAUUGCGGCUCUGCUGUUGGAAAAGUUGAGGUGGUGGAAGUGAUCUCCUGCCCCAUUCAGCCCUGCAGAUUGCAUAAAGGAGAAUCCUACAGUGUCAAUGUCACCUUCACCAGUGAUAUCUGGUCUCAGACCACCGCUUUAGUGUAUGGCAUUGUGUUUGAGGUUGAAGUACCUUUCCAUAUCCCUGAGCCUGAUGGGUCUAAGUAUGGCAUUAACUGUCUCAUUGAAAAAGGCAAGACCUAUAACUACUUGAACAAACUGCCAAUGAAGAGUGAAUACCCCAGUAUGAAGCUGGUGGUACAGUGGAAGCUUUUGGAUGACAAGAAAAAUCUUGGGGGCGGCUGGAUUGCAGUUCCAGGAUGGCGAGGAGCACUUGUGGUCAGUCACAAGGGAGCAGAGGCCCUGCUCACAGUCCCAAGCCAGAAAGGAGCACUAGUACUUGUAGCUGGAGGAGAGUGGGGAACCUGA